CUCAUGAUACGCCGCCACAAGACCACCAUCUUCACGGAAGCCAAGGAGUCCAGUACCGUGUUCCAGCUAAAGCUUGUUGUCCAAGGCAUCUUCCAGCGGCCUCCAGAAGAGCAGCGGCUGUACAAGGAUGACCAGCUCCUUGAUGACAGAAAAACACUGGGCGAGUGUGGCUUCACUAGCCAGACAGCACGGAUACAGGCCCCAGCCACAGUGGGCCUGGCCUUCGGUGCAGAUGAUGCCUUUGAAGCCCUGCACAUUGAGCCAUUCUCCAGCCCUUCAUAGCUUCCAGAUGUGAUGAAGCCAUAGGCAGUGCCAAUGAACAAGCUGAGC